UGUGCGGCGGCGGUGCGGGGAGCGGCGGGCGCCGCGGUCGGGCGGGCGGGCGCGCGCGCGGCACCAUGGAGGAGCUGAGCAGCGUGGGCGAGCAGGUCUUCGCCGCCGAGUGCAUCCUGAGCAAGCGGCUCCGCAAGGGCAAGCUGGAGUACCUGGUCAAGUGGCGCGGCUGGUCUUCCAAGCACAACAGCUGGGAGCCGGAGGAGAAUAUCCUGGACCCGAGGCUGCUCUUGGCCUUCCAGAAGAAGGAGCACGAGAAGGAGGUGCAGAACCGGAAGCGAGGCAAGCGGCCCCGGGGCAGGCCGAGGAAGCACACGGUGAUGUCCUCCUGUGGCCGCCACUCCAAGCUCAAGGACGCCGACACCGCCUCCAAGUGCAAGUCCAGCAGCUCCUCCUCGUCCUCCACCUCCUCCUCGUCUUCCUCGGAUGAAGAGGACGACAGCGACCUGGACGCCAAGCGGGGCCCCAGGAGCCGGGAGACCCACCCGGUGCCUCAGAAGAAGGCGCAGAUCCUGGUGGCCAAGCCUGAGCUGAAGGACCCCAUCCGGAAGAAGCGGGGCCGCAAGCCCCUGCCCCCGGAGCAGAAGGCGGCCCGGAGACCCGUGAGCCUGGCCAGGGUGCUGAAGACCGCCCGGAAGGACCUGGGGGCGCCCUCCGGCAAGCUUCCCGCUCCGCUCAGCGCCCCCGUGGCCGGCCUGGCGGCGCUGAAGGCCCACGCCAAGGAGGCGUGCGGCGGCCCCAGCGCCAUGGCCACCCCGGAGAACCUGGCCGGCCUGAUGAAGGGGGUGGCCGGCAGCCCCGGCCGGGGCGGCGUCAGCUGGCAGAGCUCCAUUGUCCACUACAUGAACCGCGUGAGCCAGAGCCAGGCCGCGGCGGCCAGCAGGCUGGCGCUCAAGGCCCAGGCCGCCAGCAAGUGCAGCCUCGGGCUGGACCUCAAGGUGAGGACGCAGAAGGGGGAGCUGGGGUUCAGUCCCCCAGGAAGCAAAGCCCCAAAGGCCCCCGGCAGCGGGGCAGUGGAGCAGAAAGCGGGGAACGCGGCAGGGCCCCCGCAUGUCCACGGCAGCGGCAAGGUCCCGGCCAGUUGCCUGAGCCCCCAGCCUGCACCCACCCAGGAGCUGAGCCUCCAGGUCUUAGACUUGCAGAGUGUCAAGAACGGCACACCUGGGGUGGGCAUGGUCGCCCGACACGCCUCGGCCAACAAGGGCGUCCCUGCCACCGUGCCGGGCGCUGGGAAAGGGGCCGGGGCUGGUGCCGCCGGGGGCAACGGGGCUGGCGUGCUGACAGACGCCAGCAAGAGUGAGAAGCUGGCAUCCAGGGCCAUGACCGCACCUGCCCCUGCAGGCAAGAGAGACUGUGUCAAGGCCAGUGUGGCCCCUGGAGGGCAGGAGGCGCCCGGGGCCCAGGGCGACCCCCGCAAGGCGGCCGCACUGCUGGAGCUGAGCACCGGUGAGGAGAACAGCAGCUCCGACUCGGACCCCGACUCCACCUCGCCGCCCGGCGCCAAGCAGAACCUGUCUGUGUCCGUGCAGACCAGCCAGGACUGGAAGCCCCCGCGCAGCCUCAUCGAGCACGUCUUUGUCACCGACGUCACUGCCAACCUCAUCACCGUCACGGUGAAGGAGUCCCCCACCAGCGUGGGCUUCUUCAACCUGCGGCACUACUGACCGAGUGGCCGCCGCCGCCAGGGCCUCCCCGCCCGUCUCUGGCCUCUGGCCUGCUCCAGAGGGGCCGCGCCCCACGCCGUCUCUGGGGGCCGGGGGGCCUCGAAGGGCCGGCUCGGAAGGCUUUCUCCCCGGACCCCGGCCCUGCCUGUGAGGUCUGUCCAGGGCGCCACCUUGAUGCCUUGCAGGGCCUGGCCUGGUCCCGCUCCUACCUCUGGGCCUUUGCUUCCCACCAGCCUUGGGGAGUCCAGGCAGCUGCCCAGGGCUCGAGCCAGACCUCACACUCCCUGCUUACCUGCCUGCAGGGCAGGGGGUCGGCGCUUCUCCUGGUGCAGAGGGGCUCUUCUGCCCACUGGGGGUGACAGAGUGUAUUGGGGGCGUGGGGGGCGCCCAACCGGGCCUCCCUGGUUGCAACUGCCCCUCAGAGCCGCCUGAGCUGGCAUAGGCAAGGGGACCUGCUGUGUCUGCCUUCCCCCACUGACAGCUGAGGGCUGUGGCCUUAAUGUGAAAAGACAGGUCUUGAAGUGGAGGGGGUGGUGGCUGGGAACCCGAGAGGUGAGCUUCGGUGCCAGCUAACCGUGGUUCAGCCGGACAGCUGCAGGCCCUGGGUGCCGACCCGGGAGUGCCACUAGGCCGGGAGGGCUCCGCCCCAGAGCUGUCGGACCUGAUCGGCCUCUGAGUUCAGGGAACAGGAGGAGGAGGUGCGACUGGCUGUCAGCAGGCCCCUGGCACGGAGCACCGAGGCCCAACCUUGGCCCCACACACGGCCCCCGCCCACUGGCCGUGCGGCGGCCUUGCCCUGUCCCCACCCUUGGAGAGGUGCCACCUUCCCUGACAAUCUCCCCGCCUCCGGGGGCUUCGUGUCCUUCCCAGCUGAGAAGCUGGCUCCCCAUAGCAUUUGGGGAGUAGGACAAAAUCAGUGACCCACCUGGCCAACAGCCCCAAGAAAGGCCAGACCUGCUACCACCACACACCUGCUGGCUGGCUGUCCGGGGGUGCUGCCUCAUGUAGUGACCAGCAUCGGAACUGGGGGCAGAGACAUGGGUCACCUUGGUGGGGACCAGUGCGUAUUUGCAAAGCCAAAAAAAUGUGGGGCUUUGGGAGACACUUCAGUUACUGGUUACAGCUGGCCAGCCAGGGUGGGACUCUUUCCUCUGUCCCCAAGGCCUUAACUGCAGGGGAGCGGGGCCCAGGCUCCCUCGGUGGGCUGUGGUCUCCGAGCGUGGGGCCUGUCCCGCCUGCAGGGCCCUGGCCCCCCGCCCUCCAUGCCAAAUAAGCAUGGCUUCUGUGUAGCCGAACCGCUUUCAGCAGCGUGCCUUUGGGGACAGCCUGUGUCCGGGACCUCACG